AUACCUUAGCCGUACACCAUAGUGAUUGCCUCGUAAAUUGACCAAAAUUAUAUUUUAGGCUUUGUUAGAUACAGAUUACCAAGAUAUAGCCUAUGCGAACGGCACUGACUGCCUGACUGCCUGUCUGCCUGCCCUGAUCCUCUCUCCCUCGCCUGCUCCUCUUCGCUAGUGUUUGGUCUUCGGUCUGUUGUGUGUAGAAUAGCUCAGCCCACUCAUUGAUUGUCCCUACAUUGCAAGACAAUAAAUUCCUAUAGCCUACAUUUUAUGAUUACCGAUGCACGGUUCCGACUGUCUGCAUCUCUAUCUAUCGCUAGCUCGCUCUUUCUUUGCUGUGAGAUUUGUUUUUGAAAUAUACAAGGUAAAUAGUUUCCUCCGUUGCAAAAAAUAUUGAAUCUUAGGAGUCGAGGAGUCAAUUCCGAAUCUUGACACCCAGAAAUGCGAGUCGGCGGGCAAGGACUCGAGGAAUCGAUUAGAUGAGGUGCCGUCAACUUCGCCUGAUGACUUGUGUUUGACAGCGACGCUCUGCUGUGGAAAGGGUGAAGAAAAAAGACAAUGGAAAUCUUCAAAAUGGACUAGUUCCUCCUUCUCUUCUGAAGUGCGUUGGGAAUAGCCAAACCUCCUCCAGCCACCAUGAACCACUCUAACGAGUCGACCCCACUGUGCUUUUCCAUCAACAGUCCCCCCUUCAACUACACCCACACCAUUGCUUCCGCCUACUUCUCAUCAGUGUUUAGUGCACUGGGCCUCACCUUCAACCUCAUCGCCUUCGUGGUCCUCCUGAAGUCCUUCCUACGCACGCAAAGCAGAUCGCGCUCCUCCUUCCUCAUCUUCCUCUGCGGCCUGGUGUUUACCGACUUCAUGGGCCUCCUGGUCACCGGCUCCAUCGUGGUCUCCUUCCACUUCACCCAGUUCAACUGGCGCCUCCUGGACCCACACUGCCACUUCUGCAACUUCAUGGGCAUGUCUAUGGUCUUCUACGGCCUGUGCCCGCUUCUGCUGGGAGCCACCAUGGCCAUGGAGCGUUUCGUGGGCAUCAAUCGGCCGUUCGCCCGCUCGACCAGCAUGAUGACCAAGUCGCGGGCAGUGUCCAUAGUGCUGCUGGUAUGGGCAGGGGCAGGGUGCAUCUCACUGCUGCCCCUGGUUGGUGUUGGGAGCUACCACAUGCAGAUACCGGGCUCCUGGUGCUUCUUUAAAAUUAGCUCAGAGGCAAGCGACAUGGCCUUUUGCCUGCUUUUCUCACUGGUAGGGCUGCUGUCCAUCGCCGUGUCCUUCCUGCUCAACACAAUAAGCGUGGUGACCCUGGUCAAGGUGUGCUGCAGCCAGGACGCUAGGCAGCGGCGCCGUGACUACGAGGUGGAGAUGAUGGUGCAGCUUAUCUGGAUCAUGAUGAUCGCUUCCAUCUGCUGGUGCCCCCUGCUGAAUAUUGCCUCACAGAAUGGAAACGGCAGCCAACCAAGAUGUCUCCCAGAUGGUCGGCGAACGGGGUACCUACCUCGUCAACACCACGAUCAGCUGGCACACCUGGGAACGGAGUUCUUCAACGUCUAGAUUCUUCCGCAAGGGAGUCACCCCCAACGAGCGGAGGAUCCUCUACCAUGAGUUCACCCAGCACCCCAGCCCAUUCAGCAGUCUGCCCAGGUCAGCGAUGCCCGUUUGUCCCUUCCAGACAAAUAUGACAGGACUCCAUCCAAAUGCUGUGCCUUCCUCCACCAGUGCUCCCUCUAUUUUGCUCAUCAAACGGGAGCUCCCAACACUGAGCGCCUACUCCAACCACGACAGGAGGACCAGACUGCUGCGGAGUAUGCCCUCACCUUUCAUACUGUGUCCACUAAGUUCUAACCCAAGAGUCACUAAAGCAGAGGGACGGUCCAAUGAUCAUCCGUCUCAUGGGGUAGAUCAGGGUGUGACUAUUCAUCUUCACUCUCCAACAAACCUUUCUUAGUACCUAUUUCAAUAGCUGUCUCUCCCUUGUGUUGUUUCCACAGCUUUAUUUGACUCCGGAGCCACGGGGAAUUUUAUUGACCACGCCCUUGCCUCCUCCCUGAACAUCAUACCCGCUCUCCUCUCCGUUUUCAGUUCAAGCACUGGAUAAACAACUACUGGGAUCUGGCACAGUCACACACAUCACAGCACUACUCACCAUCUCCGUGGGAGUCCAGCACCAAGAAAGCAUCACCUUCCUCAUUAUCCAGGCACCCGUACACAAAGUCGGCCUCCCGUGGCUAAACGCCACGACCCCACCAUGUCCUGGCCGAGGAUGGAGAUUACGGCCUGGGUACCCAGAUGCCGGAAGACCUGCUUUUCCUUACCUUGUGUUUCACGUAGAUUGAGAAUCCUGUGGUUUUCCUCCAGGCUGACAUCCCAGAGGUUUACCAGGAUCUCUGGGAGGUUUUCUACAAGGCUCACGCCACCUGUCUUCCUCUUUGCCCCUGGGACUGAGCCAUCGACCUGCUUACAGACUCUGCGCCUCUGCGCAGCCGCAUCUACCCCGUCGGUGGCUGAAACCAAGCCUUUGAAGGAGCACAUCCAGGAGGCUCUCCAACAAGAUUUCAUCCGCCCAUCUGACUCCCCUGCAUUGGCUGGCUUCUUUUUCGCAGUGGUGUAAAGUCCUUAAGUAAAAGUACUACUUAAGUCAGUUUUUGGGGGUAUUUGACAACGUUUACAUCACUACAUUUCUAAAGAAAAUAAUGAACUUUUUACUCCAUAAAUUUUCACUGACACCCAAAAGUAGUCGUUACAUUUUGAAUGCUUAGCAGGUUAGGAAAUGUGGUCUAAUUCACAUACUUAUAAAGAGAACAUCCCUACAGCCUCUGAUCUGGCGGACCCACUAAACACAUGCUUCGUUUGUAAA